AUGCCACAACUAGCAAGCUUGUUAUCAGAAGGGGACGAUCAGUAUGCAAUGGUGGAUGAGAAGAAGAGGAAGAGAAAGAUCUCAAAUCGUGAAUCAGCAAGGCGAUCAAGGAUGAGAAGAGAACAGCACAUCAAGGAUCUCAAUCGUGAAAUCGCUUUUCUAGGCAAGAGAAACAACGAGAUUGUUCAGAAAAUCAGUUACCUCAAGCGAACAUCCAUAACUGUGGAGCUGGAGAACCAGAUGUUAAAAGAGCAGCAUGACAAAUUGGCGAAGAGGUUGGAGUCCCUGGAAAUUGUCUGUAGCUAUGUUUGCGGGUAUCAGAGAGACAUUCCUCGGUGUAAUUCACAGCCAUGGCAGGUUUCUCACCAGCCUCUGCCUCUUAUAACAACUUCCGUUGGCAUGCUCCAGUUUGACUACAAUCCAGUAUUAUAGCAAAUCGGGGACUCAGAGUUCAUUGAACGUAGAUAAAAUGAUCCUCCACAGCUUACAAACCAAUUCAGAUCAAUGGAAUGCUUCUGUACUAAGUUGAGGUUGAAUUUCAAUCACAAACUAAAAAUUGUUAGCUACAGCUUGAUAAACCAUGCAUAUGGGCAAAAUAUAGAUUCAAACUUGUCUA